AUGAUGAUGCUACAGCAUCUACCGCCAUCCCAUGCGUUCGUGGCCGGCGCAACGACGGCGGCGGCUGCCGGUGCACCCACGGCCGCAUCGCCUUCGCCCCCGGUUCCGGCGGAAACGCCAACACCUCCACCACCACCAGCUCCGGAAGUAGCGGAGCCAGCACCGGGCGCCGGAGCUUCUCCUCGGCCAGACACUCCGAAACAGCCCCGGAUGACGGUCGUGCGCCAUGUACACCACCAUCACCAUCCGGCACACCUCCGCCAGCACCGGGCCGAUUCGGAAUCCCCGGAACGCCGGAGUCCCCAAACUCCCACACGGCGGCGAUCGAGAAGUCCCCGAGGUCCCGAGGAAUCCACGAGGGCCGCCUCGCGAUCAAGAUCACGUUCGCGGUCCCGCUCGGUAACACCUGCGAGGCAGGAACCACCAGCGGCCCCACCUCAGCCCGAGCGUGCCAACGUCAUCCGGUACAUCAAGGAAGAGCGCCCUAGUUCCAUCAUCCGCCGGGCGUCCGUAACCGGGGAGCUGAGCGGUGGCGAGUCGCAACUCAAACAGGAACCGUCCCGGGAAGAGUUUCCCGUCGCCCCGGAACCCCGACGUCGCCAUUACAGCACCGGGGCGGACGAGGACGAAGAGGAUCACGGCCGAACGGUCGCCCGUCCCAAGCUGACCGACUACUCCACCCCGUACCGGAGUCCUCACGCGCGGCUUCACCUCCACCACCACAAGCGGACGACGUCGGGCAGCGAUUCGGCCGCCAGUCCCCGGAGUCGGCCAACGGAUCACGAAGACUCCGACUACAGUGAACGGAGUCACGGUGGGCGGGCGACGGAAGUGAUCCGCCGGACCACGGGCCCAACCGACUGCGAGCGGCUCCGGUUGCUGGCCGCGAAGCGGUACCCGGCCGAAGACCGGGGCGCCGACGGGGACGAAGAGCUGGACGAAGAGGAACUGGAGGAGGACCUGGAGGACGACGAGGAGGAGGAAGAUCUGGACGCGCCGCUCGACCUGUCGAUGAAGAUCCAGCGGCGCCCUCGGAGUGGCUCAGUCACCGAGGACUCGGACGACUCGGCCGGCCCGGACUACGCGGAGCACCAUGCCCGCGGUGGCACCGAGAGUGCCGCCUACAAGAAGAGUCUAAUGAAACGCUACCUGGACACCGAAAUACCGCUCUUGCCGCAAUCGCCCAGCCCACCGCCCCAGCAGCGCGCGUCCCUGGCGGGCGCGGGUCAGUCGCAGCAGACGGCCAGCCUGCUGGCCAGCACGUUACAGCCGUCCCAGCAGCACAGGCCCCUGCUGCACGGGCUGCUCAGCGGUACGCACUUACCUCAGGGUCCGUACCACCGCGGCUACAGCACGUCCAGCACAGGUUCGCUACCUCCCAGCCCUGCGGACAGCGGUGUGUCGGAUGUGGACAGCUCGAGCAGUGGCGGACAGCCGGCGUGCAGUGACGAGCUGAAGGCUCGGCUGGGCAUUCCGACCAGCAGUACCGGGGCUGCUACUGCCACCAGCGGCGGACAGGCACCGCAGCAUCCGCAACACCAGCAACACCACCAGCAACAGCAGCAUCCACAGCAACCACAUCACCAGCAGCAGCAGCAACAACAGCAUCAGCAGCAGCAGCCUGCUCAGCAACAUCAGCAACAGCAGCACCCACAGCAGCAUCCGCAACAUGGCGUGGGUCACCCGAACGGGGGUCCCUCGGUCGGGUCGCCGGCCGCCGGUUCGUCACUUUCGUCCUCGUCAGCUCUCUCGCAGGUCGCGGCAGCCGCGGUGGCCGCGGCCGCCACCCAGCAGCACCUGCAGCAACAGGCCGCCCACCUGCAGUCGUCCGGCACGUUCCUGCGGCCCAACUUCUACCACCACAGCUCGCCGCCGCUGCGCAACAUCUGGAACCAGCGCAACGUCCCACUGUCCGACAACUACCACUACCUGCACUCGAUGAACUCGGCCAACGGAUACUCGCCGUCGGCGGCUGCGGCCGCAGCGGCGGCCGCAGCAGCCGCCAACCACUUCGUGUCCGGUGGCGCCGGUGGAACCGGCAACGGAGGCAUCGUGGGUCGCGGGUCGAUCGGAGGGUCCGCUUCCGGAUCCGGUGGUGGUGGUAGCCAGCACACGCAUCUCGGUGGCCAUCACGGUGGUGGCGGUGGUGGUGGUGGGGGUGGCGUUGGCCUCCAUCAUCCGGCCAGCGGGGCUGGGCCACACCUUGCCCAGCAACACCUGGCCCAUCAUGGGGCGGCCGCGGCCGCCGCUGCUGCCGGUGCGGCCCUGAUGGCGAACGGGCUCGGCUUGGGAGGUGGGGGUGGCGGGGGAGGACCACACCACCCGCAGCACGGACCGCACAGUGUGUCGUCCAGCUGCACCGACGACCUGUCGUACAUGCUGGAGCUGGGCUUCCCGCCGCGCAAGCUGAAGAAGUCGAAAAAGCCGAAACUGGAGAUGGGCGUCAAGCGGAAGUCGCGCGAGGGCUCCACCACGUACCUGUGGGAGUUCCUGCUGAAGCUGCUGCAGGACCGCGAGUACUGCCCGCGGUUCAUCAAGUGGACGAACCGGGACAAGGGCGUCUUCAAGCUGGUCGACUCGAAGGCGGUCUCGAAGCUGUGGGGCAUGCACAAGAACAAACCGGACAUGAACUACGAGACGAUGGGGCGCGCCCUGCGCUACUACUACCAGCGCGGCAUCCUGGCGAAGGUGGACGGCCAGCGGCUCGUCUAUCAGUUCGUCGACGUGCCGAAGGACAUCGUGGAGAUCGACUGUACCGGCGCUUGA